CAACACAGAGAGACCUUAUUUGCCAGUUAGCAUCUUAGAUUCUUAGUAAACGAAGGUGAGAGUGUGUAGGUGUAGGGUGUGACGUCCCAUGGAGCACGCCAGGACAUUGGGCAACUGGUGCAAACGGUGUGGCGGCGGCGGCGGCGGCGUUGAAGGUGCUGGUGCUGCAGGAGGACGGGGUGAUGACUAACCGGUCGUGGGCUCAGAGCUCCGUCACCACCACGCCCUCGCCCUCCGCCUCCGCCUGCAUCAGAUUCAAGGUUUUCUUCUUCCGCCCUCUCACCCACGUGUUCUCCCUCACAUCGAAGGAGGAGAGUAGGGAGAUUAACGGAGAGAUCUUCGUGGACUACGUGCGGCCCAUCGUGUCCGCCGCCUUCUACUUCCUGGGAAUCUCGCAGCGGCUGCAGGUGCUCACUUGGUACCACUACUGCCUCACCUACAACCACACCGCGGCGCAGAUCUCCGCCUACCUGGACGGCGAUCUGCAGGGCGUCAUUUCCAGGAACACCUCCAGGUGGUUCGCCGAGGCCACGCUGGUGCUGGGCCAGUACAGUCUCGAGUACCUGAGCAGCUACACGGAGCGGCGCAGUUUCAGUGGACAGCUGACGCAUGUGGGGGUGUGGGGCCGCACUCUGACGGGCUUGGAGGUGGCUCAGAUGGCGGACUGCGGCCCCUUCCCGUCCGGGACCUCCAUCAGCUUGGACCAAGAGUGGAUCCUCAACAACGCCUCCUUCGUUGACCUGCCAGAGACGGAGGUCUGCGAGAAGAAGACCAAGUCCAGAUACCUGAAAUUAACGCCAAUGCCUUACGAGGCGUCGCUUGUGGCGUGUGCCGGGCUGGGGGGGCGCCUACCUGUGCCCGAAAGUCUGCAGCAUGCCCUUGAAAUUAUGGAGAUCUUGACCAAACCACCCGCCAUCCAGAUGACGUGGAUUGGGGCCACGGAUAAUGCACAGGAAGGAGUGUACGUGAAGGCCCACGAUGGGGAGGUUGCGGAGUUUUUCAAAUGGGGCAGUAAUGAUCCCAACGGUCUGCAGUGGCAGAACUGUCUGAUAUUAGAUCUUGAUUACAUGCACGACUAUCCUUGCUACGUUCUGCGUGAGGCCCUGUGCUACCUGGCCGGACAGCAGGAGUGGACGCUGAAGGGUCCUUGUGAGGAGGAUACCGCCAACUACAAGUACAGCCUGACACACCCUGACAAGGGCCGGCUCGUGUUCCGCGGCUACUACCAGUACGAGAUCGCGGAGGAGGGAGAGGCGUGGUUGUGGAGGAACGUGAUCACGGACACUAUCGUCGCGCGCCUGUCCUUCGCGGAGGCGCGGUGGCCCAUGGGUCGCCGGAACUGGACCAUGGAAAGCGAGGUGUGCGAGAAGAAGGGCGUGCAGGUGCUGCAGCUGAGCUCGUGCACGGGAGAGGAGUACACGUGCAGGGACGGCUCGUGCAUCCCGCGGCUGCAGCGCUGCGACCGCCGCCCGGACUGCCACGACGAGAGUGACGAGCAGGAGUGCCAGCUGGUGCGGCGCCCUGUCGGCUACCACCACACGCUGCCGCCGCCCAGCACCGUGGCAGGGACUCCUCUUCCUGUGGGCCUGAAGAUCAAGCUAGUGAGUCUCUCCCUGAGCGACAAGGACAGUUACCUGGAGGUCACCUACCACCUCAACGUGACUUGGAGUGAUCUCAGGCUGCGCUUUCAUGACCUCAAGGCGGCGGCCAGACUCAACCAGGUACCCGUCACUGACCAAGGUAGCCUGUGGACACCUACUCUCACGCUGAUCAACGUGCGGGGGACGGAGAGGACGAGGGUGGAUGACGAGGCUGUGCUCACUGUGCACCGGCGAGGCCACCCCCUGGACGAUGACCUCUCGGUGCCUGAGGACGCGGACGUUUACCUGGGCGUGGAGAAUCAUCUGAGCGUGGAGAGGAAAUACACCUCCAAUUUUCUUUGUGACCUUGACCUGGAGCUGUACCCGUUCGAUACCCAAAGGUGCUACAUGGAGAUGGAGAUGCUGUCAGCCGCAACUGACUUCGUAAAACUGGAGAAGAACGUGUCUGAAGUGACAUACGUUGGCGCGGAGCUGCUCAUAGAGUACACGGUGGUGAGCGUGAGCUUGAUGGUGAACAACAGCCACACGAUGGCGCAGGCGGAGGUGGAGGUGGUACUACAGCGGCGAGUCGGCUACCCCAUCAUCUCCAUCUACGUGCCCACCGUCAUCCUGCUCAUCCUGGCCUACCUCUCCCUCGUCUUCCGGCGGGACAACUUCGACACUCGCGUGAUGUCCUCCCUCACGGUGCUGCUCGUGCUCGCCUCGCUCUUCACGCAGACGUCCACGUCGCUGCCCAAGACGUCGUACUUCAAGAUGGUGGACGUGUGGCUGCUGUUUUGCAUCUCGCUCAUCUUCUUCGUGAUCGUUUUCCACGUGACCAUCGACAUGGCCGCCACAGGGCAGCUGACCGGCGACUCUUCCAAGUUCCCCACCACCACACAGGUGUUUCCCUUCGGGGGGAAGGAAAAGAUGUCCUUUCCGCCCCCGGCCCCCAAGCCCCGCCAGAUGAUGCUUAGCAAAUCAUUGUCCACCGGAGGGAACAGUCCCGAGGAGAAGAAACGCCUCCUCUCCGACAAACUGUUCAGACAGGCGCUCAUCUUUAUCCCUGGCUAUUUUAUACUUUUCAACAUCAUUUACUGGAUCUACAUCUUCGCCUGAACACUGCUUUGCCGCCUCCCGCCUGCCCCACCACUCAGUAACGUAACCCACUAAAUCCCUACCAGCGACCGCCUCGUGUCCUGUUAUUCUUCUCUUCAUGACCUCAGUUUAUUCUCCUCCUCCUCCUCUUUCUCCUCCUCCCCUCUUACCAUUAUCAUCAUCAUUAUCAUCAUCAUCAUCAUCAUUUUGGAGAAUGAAGAACAGUAAACCUGAGUCUGUUUGUGAUAAGCUUUGCUAUCUGAUACUAAUUUAGAGAUGGAAAAUUUCGAAGGCUCCUCCUCACCCACCUUCCUUCCAGUAAUUGGCCUUAAUGAGUCUAUUUGUGAUAAGCUAUACCAUCUAAUCUUAAUUUAGACAUGUAAGAUAUCAAAGUCGAAGGCUCCUCCCCAACUUGCGUCCUUUUCAGGCGUGGUUGGUAGGAAAGACCAUGCAACGUAUAAAAAUUGCAUGGAUAUUUUUUUUCAUAAAUGCGAGGUAAGAAAACUAUCUGUGUAAAACAAGCAAUGCUAGAUCAUCAGCAGUAACUGUAGGAAAAAAAAAACGGCGUUGUAAAAUAACACUCAGAAUCAUUUGAGUUCUGCAACGCUAACUCUUACAUCAUCGUUGCGGAUCAGAUUCUGGGUGCUUGUCUGAUCUGUUUUUGAAAGCUGGCAUUGUUAUGCUAUGGACGACAAUCGAGGAUGAAGAAUUACAGACGUUAACUAUCUAACUGCUGCGCUCGGCUUUGUUUGGCGAGAAACCGUUACCAAUUACCUCAAAACUUUCAAUAUUUCAAGAACUUCUACUUGAUCGUCUGGCAGCCUCCGUCUCGACAUAUUGUAGAAAUAAAUUUGUUUUUCAGUCUGUGUUCUUGGAAAUAGUUUGUGAAUUUCUGUUGCUCUCUCUCUCUCUCUCUCUCUCUCUCUCUCUCUCUCUCUCUCUCUCUCUCUCUCUCUCUCUCUCUCUCUCUCUCUCUAGCUUUUCUGUUUUUUUUAUUUGCUUUAUAUACAAUUGUUAUAGGAAUCAAAAUUGUGUACUGUAUGCAAUAAGAAAGAGAGGCAGCAAAUUACAGUCUGAAUGUGGCUUUUAAACCGAUUUGUUAUCAAAAAUACGUUCGAUGAAGCCAAUCAAUUCCUAACAGUGGUUUUAACAAGUUUUCCGUUCAGAUAUUCUUAAUCGUGUAGGAACUGCAGAAAUACAUACGGUAGCCAUUGAAUUUCGCUUGAACUCCUUGUUUAAGAACCAAAUCUUUAAUCUACAAGACAAAAAAGUAUUUCUACUGGGAGUAUUCAAUUAGGGGUGAGUUUAGUUAAUAGUGUAACACCUCCUCCUCAAGACUAUGUAUGCUACGGGUCACGUUAUCUAACAGAUUUUGUCUAAUCCACUCUCAAUCAUCAAGAAACAACCAUCACUGACUUUCUAAUUAAUACACGUGUUCUGAAUCGCUUUGUUCUCUCCCAAAAACUACUUUCCAGGACCACAGAUUAUUAGUAGGAUUCUCACUGGUAUUUUCGCUUCGCUAAUGAUGCAGAAUCCUUAUUAACAAUGCAUUUAUGAAAACAUCCCGGAAGAAAAAACAAUAACAACAUUCAUCAAAGUAUGUUAUAACAAAUUGAGGUAAGGACGCUGGUAAGUUUGAGAACACGAGCUCAAGUGCUGCUGGUUACCACCUAACAAGACUGCUGAAGACACUGAGACAUUUAAUUUUUGUCACCCUGCAUGAUUUUAAUGGAAAGAAGUGAAGCUACCGUCAAUGAGAAAUUUGAACUACUCAUUCAGUCAUUUUGACACCAGUGACGUCUUUCGGAAUUAUGUUGUUGCAAAACCCCCUACUCAUUAACGUCUCUGUUACGAGUCACAGUGCCUGUCACCUCCUCCCCGUCCUCACUCAGCUGAUCUCCCCAUGAACCCUCGAACGCAGUAAAAUAAUAUAAGUUAAACAUAUUUUGUACAUACACCAGCGCAACAUUAUUCCAAUCUUGCACAGUGCAAUUUCACUAUACCUGAGUGUAACACUAUCAAACAAAGGGUUAAGAAAUGAGUGAUUUAAUGUGGAUCUGGUUCACUUAGAGUAUGCACGACGCUAGGGAAAAGUGCCUGAACAUAAUGCCUCCAUCACCUGCAGUAACCACUAUUAGAGAGUUGACUGACGCCCUGAGAGGACGCCACGGCCCUGACCCGAGUCCUUAAUACCUGGCUGCACGGCCUCCUACCGCCACAAAGCCACACCACGGUAUAUUAAUCCUCAACCACAUGCCUCGCUCGCGCCCUCCCGCUAAGCAUCUGCCGUGUUAGUAUUACUACUCUAACGUGGAGGAAAUAUAAUUUUUUACUGAUAGAGUGGUGCUAUUGUAUACGUUUUAUUUUUCUGUGUGGUUUUAUUGAUGCAAUGAAAAUAAAAGGCUGUAUAAUUUUCAAUAAUUCGAAUUGAUAUUGUUCCAUUUUUUUCUGUAUGGUUCUGUAUAGUUGUAACUUGGAAAUAGACUAUGCUCGACUCGUAUACUAUGCUCGACUUGUUUUUAUAUAUAUAUAUAUAUAUAUAUAUAUAUAUAUAUAUAUAUAUAUAUAUAUAUAUAUAUAUAUAUAUAUAUAUAUAUAUAUAUAUAUAUAUAUAUAUAAUUCUUAGUGAUGCCACAUAACAUUAUUCCAUGUAUAUUUCUAGCUUUAUUAAUCAGUGUAAGUUGAAAAUAUAUGUAGAUUCUUAGUGAUGUAGAUUCACAUAACGUCAGAUCAACUAACCAAAGUUCUUUUCUAUGUAGCAUUUUGUGUUAUUGUUUCUUGUUUGUACAUUCAUAUGAGUCGCCAUCAUUUCCUUGGCUACCGUGAGACAAUGUAUUGGUAAUUCACUACAUAGUGGACUACAAAUCCUUGCAGUUGCUCCUUUACGCUCUUCGUAAUAAAAAAAAAAAAAAAAACACAAAAAGAAUCUGCAAGAAGCCGGCAGGCCUACAUGUCGCAGUCCUUGUAUAAUACAUACCUAUAUCUACCAAUCAUCCCUGUAUGAAAAAUCUUUCAAAAUGUCCUUUGACACUGACAAACUUGUUACUGAAUCUUUCAUUUUUUUUAUUGCCUGUUUCCUCUUGUUGUGUUGUCUUUUAUCCUCAACUAUCAACUGUAUGGAACUAAAUAAUAUCUGAGUGUUAUUCGUAUACAGGAUUA